UUCACGACCAAAUUUGCACAAAUUUGACAGCUUCCCUCUGACAAAUGGGAAUGAGCCACAGUCCAUUCAUACUCUGCCAUUACCUUGCAUGGCUGAUUUCAGAAUUCCUCGAUGUCUCUCUCCCUUAGAGCCGUGUACUUCAUCAGCAAAUUAUCAGUGUGUCCUAAACAACUCAAUGAAUAUUGGCAAUAAAUUUCAGCAACAGCCAUCUCUACAAAGGCGACCCUGGCUCGCAGAAAACCCUGUAUCACUGCAGCUCCCUCUGAGUACCAUUACUCCAAGAAAAAAUGAAAGUGCGUCUUUACCACAGGAUAUAAAUGGCCGCUGUUGGUCAAAGCUUAGACAAGAACAUGUGGAGUUGAAGCAGCCAAAUGGAGUAACCUGGACAGGAUCUUGUACCGGGAAAGAAGUGGCCAAGAGAAAAACGGCAUCUGCUGAUCAACCAAAUCCUCUGGAGCUUAAAUAUAAACCCAGGAAGAUGAAAGAACUCAACACUACAGGUGUUAAAGUCGCACGUAAAAGAAAGAAGACAAAGUCCACCAGUCAUCAGCAAGAUGCUGCUGGUUCUAUAUUGACAUACAAGGACGUGAAAAUCAGUGAUGCAACAAAGAGCAAAAUCAACUUGAGCAUUUGUCAAGUCAGUUUGUCGAGUAACAAUGUUCUGGCGAAGGAAAGAGAAAAGGCUGCAGGCGCUUUGAGCAGUCCAUCCAAAUUUGUUGGGAAGCCAAAUCAGUCGUUGGUCAGAGAAAGUCUAAGAAAGAUCCGCAGGCAGCCUGGGCUGAACGCUGACCGAACUCCCAUCAAAACCAGGGGUUUUGUAAAAAUAAUCCAAGAAUUGCUAAGUGAGACAAGCCCAGAAAAUGUUGUAGCCGCACAAUCUGUGGUCGAGGGAGUGGUGAACAAACAAGAAGUCGUACGCCGAAAGCGUGGAAGACCAAAGAAAAACCCUCCAGCUCUUACUGCUCCAAACAACAUCCCUGCUGUGGACAAAGAGGACAGCCACAAUGAAGGAAGUCAUCAGCAGACGGUCAGUUUGCCGAAGGACGAUUUGGAAAAGGGGGACAAAACAAAGCAAAGGUGCAAAAAAAGGAGGCGGAAUAGAAGUAUAGAAGCAGGGGAGGUUCAAAUGAAGAAGUCCAUUGAGAUAGAUUGCCAACCUGAAGGAGAUAUUACUGACAUAAACCCAGACAUAAGAGUACCUGGGGUUAAUAAACGACCACGAAUGGUUAUUCUGAAGGAGUUUCAGAAGCUUAUUAAGAGUCAAACCUUAAAGAUGAGGAAGUCAAAAGAAAACAAGCAAACAAAUAAACCUGUAAGAGUGGCAGAGAGUGACAGGGUGGCUACCUUAGACAGCACAUGUAAAAAAUCGACUGAGGUGUUCGUGAAGAACGUGGAAAUUGUUCAGCCGCAAGACAGGAGCAAGAGGGAAGGAUCUCAGGCCGUGGUCACCAUCGAUAAAAAUCACAAUCAAGUCUUCAACGAAUCAACAGAGGAGAAAAGUAAAUCACAGCGAGAAGAAAGCGGCAGCUAUACCAGUAAGGAGCCCAGUGUGAUCAGUGGGGGAAAGCUACCGGCCUUUUCCUUUGCUGCUUUGGAAGAAGUGUCCAAGCUAUCAGCAGACAGGGAGCCGCCGCUGAAGAACCCUGAUGAAGGAGCUUCAAAUACAACACAGCAGACUGCCGUCCAGGAUGAAGAAGGCUCGCCUCCCAGUGACCUGCCUCAGAAAGACAAGCCCUCAGAUGACUACUUGCUGUCCCAGACACCUGAGAAAACUGGUCCAGGUCUGUCCGAUGCUGGUGGAAUCGGCCGGACCCCAGACUGUGAGGAGGAGGAAGACGAGGAGGAGGUGGAUGUCCUGCUGUACUCUCCAGUCAAACUGCAGAGCAGAGAGGAUGGACUACACAACAUUCAGAUAAUACCAGAUGAAGAGGAGGAGGAAGACGUGGAUGAGGUUGAUGUGACUGGAGAUGAGGAAGAGUAA